AGUGCCGCGCAGACUUCCGUCGAGUCGAGUCAAGCGCUUCCGUCUUGUUACCCGUAGGUCUAUACUAUUGUACACUAACCUUCACGCUGCCGUACUGCUGUAGAAACGUUAGACGUUGGGGCGCAUUUUUAGCGAAGACAAUCGUGUUUCCUAUUGGAUUUCAGUGGUGUCGAUUUCUGACAUUUAGCACGCAACCAAAAGGCAGUAGCGCCAAACCAUCAACGUCGUCGAGGAGAGGAGAGAAAUCCGAUCCGGAACAGCGCAGCGUAUUGCGGUUUGGUUGUGCAGGUUGUCAAGUGUUUCGUUUUGUUGAAUACCAACCAGCCAGCAAGCGUCGGUUAGAAUCCUCCCACCAGCGAGAACCAUCAACAGUAUAUAAGAGAAGAAGAGUUUCGCGACAUCAAACUGGCCCGGAUGUCAAUUCCAUCGAUCUGUCGCCGCUCGUCGUCCGUCUCUACUGAUGGAAUAGAAGCGGGCCGGAUAAGCGCGACCCACCUCUUGUAGACGGGAGCGUGCGUGCAUGAACCAAGGAGCCGAGCGUGUGCGGACUUCCGGCUCCGAGAAAAUAAAUAAAUAAAAAAACCAGUGAACCCUUGAAAGAAAAGAAAGAAAAAGAAAAACCUUCGGUGAAAGUUGCUCCGCCACACAGCAGCAUCUAUUAAGCCUAUUGCAUUUAUUCUCUGUCCACCAAGUGACCGUGAGUGUUCGGCUGCUGUGCUGUGUGGUCCUAUAAUAACAUAUAGUCUCUGCUGGGUCUACUCUUUGGGCGCGGAGAGUUGGGUUACUUUGGCAACCGCCGGCCGGCGGAAGAGGCCCGUGAAGGGACGACGGAAAAGGGGAGCGACAGUGACACGCGAGAGGACAAAGCCGAUCCCGUCAAGAAGAGGAAUACUAGACGGACGGAUAUAUACAGCAGUAGGGGUGGGGGUGUAUAGCUGAGAAGUUGUGAGCGAGAGCGAUGGAAAUCCCCAUGACGACGGCCGUCGGUAAUGGCAGCAGCAGCAGCAGGAGCUCAAGAGUCGAAAAGAUGCUGAUGCCGGACGGGCAGAGCCGAGUGGGACGUAACGGCGUCGUCGUCGUCGCCCGUGACGUUGCCUGUGUCUUCUCGGCCUGUCGUCGCUGCAACUACUCCCGCGGGACGAGUGCCGUCACCGCCAGCAGGAUGGGAGGAUCAAGGCCCGGGGUAACAAGGCAGUCGACAAGAGCCGGGACCGGAGAAACAGAAGCCGAAAGUGAUGCGGGAAGGAGAAGAAUCAGAAACGACGUCGGGUGCUGGUGCCCGCCAGCAUCAGCAAAAGCCAAGCCGCGACGACGACGACGGCAGAUCCUUCACAACAUCCUGACCCUUUUGCUCUUAGCGCUGGCGGCCUGUCGACCGUGUCACGCUCACGAUCGUGAGCUUUCCGACACGGACGAUGAAGAUGGGAACGGAGCCCACGGCGCAGACAGCGUUCAACCGCCAGGACCACUGCAACACGUCGUUAGCGUCGUCAAGGGGAAAACGAAUCUCCCGUGCGACGUCACGCCGACAGACGACGAGGACGACCAGGCUAGUCUCGUCCUAUUCUACAAGGAUGGAUCCAGUCAGUCCAUUUACACGUACGACGCCCGAGAUAAGUACGCCCAAAGGCCCCGCCACUGGUCGGACGAGAACAUACUGGGCAAGCGGGCCUUCUUCAGCAAACUGCUGCCUCAUCAGCAGACGAAUAACAGAUCGUCUUCGGGCGUAGGAGGCGGAGGAUUGACGAUCGACAACGUCCACGAAGCCGACGCCGGACUCUACCGAUGCCGCGUCGAUUUCAAGCGAUCGCCAACCCGCAACAGCCGCGUCAAUCUCACCGUCGUCGUGCCACCGAAGCAGAUGAAAAUCACAAACGAAAAAGGCAUGGAGGUGGGCGACGUUAUCGGUCCGUUCGACGAAGGAGCAACGCUGAUUCUUGUCUGCAUCGUUACCGGAGGUAACCCGAUGCCGGAAGUGACGUGGUGGCAAGAGGGGAGAAUGAUCGACCGUCACGUCGAAGUGCGCCAGUAUUCGGAUCAAGGUGUGGCCAGCAACGUCCUCCAGCUGGAGCGGCUCAGUCGCAACGACUUGCGCUCAAAGGUCUCCUGUCAGGCCUCCAACAGUCUCUUCACCCAGCAGCCGCUGACCAAAACCGUCGAAAUCGAACUCAAUCUCAAACCGCUGGACGUCCGAAUACUGAGCAGUCGCCAGCCACUAUCAUCGGGCAAAAAGUACGAGUUGACCUGUCAGACAACCGGAUCGCGGCCUUUUCCUAAGGUGACGUGGUGGAAAAACGGCCAUCUGCUAAAGCACUCCCAAGAGACGCAAUAUGACGGCGGCAAUGUAACGCUAAGCCAAUUAACCGUCCAACUGACCCCCGAGGAUGAUGGUAAAAAACUUGUCUGCCGCGCCGAGAAUUCCGCCCUGGGUCUGGCCUCUGCCACUGCAAUUGAAGACACUUGGCUUCUCGACGUCUACUAUGUCCCUCACGUUCGACUGGAACUGGGCCGGAAUCUGCAAGGCGACCACAUCCGCGAGGGGAUUGAUGUCUACUUCAACUGUCACGUCACGGCCCGCCCAGCUGGGGUCCGCCUCGUUUGGAAACAUCAGUCGAAAGUUUUACAUCACAACGUCAGCGCGGGCGUCAUCAUCAGCGAGACGAGUCUGGUUCUGCAGCGGGUGGCCAGGAGCGCCACCGGUCGUUACACGUGUCACGCCAGCAACGCCGAGGGCGAAGGAUCCAGUGCGCCAUUUCACCUGAACGUCGCACACAAGCCAGUAUGCCGGGUGGGACAGAAAAUGUCCUACGGCGGAGCCAAGGGACUGACGAGCGAAGUGGAAUGCCAUGUCGAGUCGAAACCGUCGGCCACCAGCUUCCGCUGGGCCUUCAACGGCUCCGGAGAGCUGCUGGACUUGACGCCGGGACAGCGGGCCGGCGGGACCAAAGACGGGUCCACCUCCAUUUUGCGCUACACACCGCGCAAUCACCUGGAUUUCGGCACUCUACUCUGCUGGGCCACCAACCCGCUGGGCACCCAAUCGCAGCCGUGCGUCUUCCACUUUUACGCAGCCGGUGUUCCCGAUCCGCCGAAGAACUGCUCCAUCUCCAAUCAGACCUUGUCGUCGUUCGAGAUCGAUUGCGCCGAGGGCUACGACGGUGGAAUCCCGCAGCAUUUCAAGAUGCACGUCUUCGACAUCAAAACGCGGACCCUGCUGGCCAACUUGACCUCCUCUUCACCGAGAUUCGCCCUCCACUUGGGUUCCGGCUCCUCUUCUUCCUCGUCAGUGUCUCACUGGCCAUCGCUGGGCAGCAGCAGUGCCGCUGCCAGCGGGCUGGGCGAGACUCCCAAGACGCACAGCUGGAAGGCAUCGUCGAACAACGGCAGCAGCGCCAACAGCGUCGCUGUCGAUUACAACAACAGCAACAACAAUAACAAGACGACCAGGCGUCACAGCAGCCAUCACGUCGCCAGCGUUGGAGGGACGGCCGUCAUCCCGCCGGUCGGCACGCUCCUUCAGGUGACGGCCGUCAACGCCCACGGCGUCAGCGAAACCGUGUUGAUUGAAGCCACUCAGAAGGCCGUCGUGGGAUUAUUGCCGGCCGAGAGGCAGGCCGGCAGCUUCUCCAAUUUCCAGAUGACGUCCACCGUCGGCCUCCUGAUUGGGAUGGCCACCGCCGGAGUCUUGGUGACUGUCGGACUCGUCGUCACCUGGCGCUUUCGACUCUGCAAGAAGAAACCGGCCACCAAUCAGAACGGACAGCCGUCUGAGGUGGCCGUCAACGACGACAAUAAGGAUCGCGACAGGAACAGCUACAGCGGCCAGCGCGAGGAGUACAUCGAGCUGGGCACCAAAGAUCCCGACGUUAUCGCCAAGGAGGCGCAAGGAAUGGCGAUGAUAUCGAUACCUCACGUCACCCCAAACCCGCUGGACUUGAUGAUCAACAGUCAGACGUCAUCCAUCUAGCGCGCAAUCAACUCUUAUAUAAUAUCCUGUAUGCGUGCGAGACCCGAUCCGAGUUCUUCCGCUCUUGAUCAACUCAGGAAAGAGUUCAUCGUUCAAACAUUUUAUUUUGGUUGCAAAUUGAUGUCUACUAUACGCAGCCCAGCUGUUUGAAACUAUGUGCCGGUGCAAGGAAAAAAGAAAAGUGUUGAUGGACGACAAAAAUGUUUCACGUCGGCUGAUACAAAUAAACAGCGACAAGAGCCUGGUGCCCUACAAGCCUUAACAAUGGCCCGACGAGCGACAUUUUCAAUAGCUCAAAAUCAAGCCAAUAUACAAAAGGGAUGAUCUCUCUUCUCUAAAAUAUACCUGGCGAGAAUACCAGACAACAAUCAAAAUAUAUUCAAAUCAUUUGCGGCAUAAUCAAGAGAACCACUGAGUCGGUGAAGCUUUCAACUGAUGCAAUCGCUCAACAUCCAACCUGCAUCCAACAUUUAGAAGAAUAUGUAAUACGCCAAUCUGUCUCGGAUAAUGACAUUGACAACGAUGUUUCUUCUUUGGGGUUAUGCUGUAGCAUUUUAAGAAAAUCCUACUUUAUUCCAUUUUUCAUACGGAGUUUUCAAAUUGAAGAUCAAAGGCCACAAUAAACGGUCGGGUAAUUUU